GAUGACUAUUGCGAUUGUGGAUGGUCUGACAAUGGGCCUUUUGCAACAGACCAACCUGGCAUCAGCCGCAGCAUAUUUUCCAUUGCUGCCCACCCACUGUCCUUCGCGUUUUUCAUGCGAUUGUCAUUGUCGACGUAAACAGAAAUAUUACGUUCACAUGCCUUCUCUCUCAACUUAAAACCCUAACCUAACCCUACGCAAUUCACCAGAUUCUCCUUCAACAAUCCCAUCUCUUUGUCGAUUCUUCCAUCGGUCCUCAUCUCCUGCCGUCAAUUCCACUCGAUUUCAUGAAUCUGUGAUGGAUGUGCUAGUUCAAAAGGAAAAUCAAGUUGGUAGUUAUAGUACUAAAGAAGGGAAAGUGAGGCAAGUCUCAAGCAGUGUUCUUGGAAUUAAAAGGGAGAGAAAGGUUCACAACCUUGUGACUUCUCAACGGUCACCAAUGAAAAGGAAACGAUCUUCUAUCCAGAAAGAAUUAUGUUUAUCUGGUGAUCUUGAAGAUGAAAAAGCAAAUGUUCAAAUUAGGAAGAACACAUCAACACCGAAAACAAAAGGUUUAACUAAGACAGAAACAGCUCAUGGAAACAAAGGUUUAUAUGGGAAAUCUGUUAUAACUGAUGCUAGUGACUCUGAUAUGGAUUAUAAUGAGGAAGAUGAAGAUGAUGAUGACUACACUCUGUAUCCACCGCGUAAAAGAUCUAAAGCUUCAAAACGUAGAGGAAGACCUCCUAAAGAUUGCAAAGCUUCAAAUGGGAAACAAAACUCCAAGAACAAAGGUGAUUUAAACAAGAAUGAACUGUCAAACAAAAAACAAUGUGCUACAACCAACCUUUUGGAAGAUAAGCAGGAGGAAGAGGAACUUAAAGACAGCAAUAAGAGCAAACAAACUGAUGUUAACAGUAGCCCAUGUAACGUACAGAAAUCAAGAAGCCGUCGUCCUGUUUCUAAUGGAAACAAACUUAUUAAAGACGAUAUGUUGUAUUGUGAUUGGGUAGAUGAAUAUGAUGAAGAAAACGAAUAUGCUAGUGAAUAUGAUGUAGAUGAAGAUGUUGGAAGUGUAAUUUCGACAUCGAUGGAGCAACAUGAGUUGAAUAAUGUUGAGAUGAACGGAAGUAUGAAAGGCAGUAAAGUGGAAAAGCAUGUUGGCUUCAUAGAAGACAAAAAACAAACGUCUCUGGUGAAAUCUUAUUCGAGUAAAAGCAGUAGCUCAAAUGAUACGGUUAUGAAAAAGAGAAACAAAUACAUAGAAUAUUGUAGUUCUGCUUCAUCGGGUGGCCCUACAAGUGUUGCUACCAACGUCAAGGAUCAGAAAAAUGGAAAAGAGCAGCCCAAGUGUCAUCAAUGUAAGAGAAAUGAAAGAAAGACUGUUGUUCCCUGCACCAAAUGUGAUGAAAUGUACUGUAUCCAGUGCAUCAGACAAUGGUAUCCUCAGUUAUCAGAAGAAGAAGUUGCAGAUUUAUGCCCUUAUUGCCGUGUAAAUUGCAACUGCAACUUGUGCUUGCACUCAAGUUUUAAGAUGUCAAGCGUAGAUCUCACCGAUGCCGAGAAGUUGCAGCAUCUUCUCUAUAUUAUCAACUUAACCCUGCCAUUUCUAAAACAAAUUCGUGAUGAACAAAACAAGGAGAUAGAGUUCGAAGCACGCGUUCAUGGGGUAUCAGAGUCUUCAAUUACAGUAGGUCAGACUAGCUAUCUACCUGACGAACGUGUCUAUUGCAACUACUGUUCAACAUCAAUCAUUGAUCUUCAUCGAAGUUGUGGAGAAUGCUCAUACGAGCUAUGUCUUAGUUGCUGUCGUGACUUAAGGAAUAACGGUCUUUGUGAUCAAAGAAAAGUUGAUUACAGGUACUUCGAUAGAGGUUCUGAUUAUAUUCAUGGUGGGGACCCUGACAUUCUACAAGAUUCUUUUCAUGAAAAUAUUCCCAAAAGGACCUGUGAUUCUGUUGUUGAAUGGGUAGCUAAUAACGAUGGGAGUUUGUUUUGUGCUCCAAAGGAUAUGGGUGGAUGUGGUAAUUGUUUAUUGGAGCUCAAGCGUCUUUUACAGGAGGAUUGGUUACCAGGUUUGGAAGCAAAAGCUGAGUGUAUAUUAAACAAAUACAAAAUUGAUGAAUCAAACAUUAUUACAAAUUCUUUUACAAGUGUUGGCAAGACGCAUCUACAAGCAGCAAGCAGAGAAGACUCUGAUGAUAACUACUUAUACUACCCUAAUUCUAAUGAAGUCGAGCUCCUUCGAUUUAGACACCAUUGGGCUAAAGGUGAACCACUAAUUGUUAAGAAGGUUCUAGAACAGACACCUGGUUUAAGCUGGGAGCCCACAGUUAUGUGGCGUGCGUUAUGUGAACAUGUGGAUCCAAAUGUCAGGUCAAAGAUGUCACAAGUGAAGGCUAUAGAUUGCUUGGCUGGUUGUGAGGUUGAAAUUAGUACUCGGAAAUUUUUUAAAGGUUAUAUAGAAGGAAGGCAGUAUUUGAAUUCGUGGCCGGAGAUGCUGAAGCUGAAGGAUUGGCCACCAUCUGAUAAGUUUGAGGAUCUUCUACCACGUCAUUGUGAUGAGUUUAUCAGUGCAUUGCCUUUCCAACUGUAUACCGAUCCAAGAUCAGGGUUUCUCAAUCUCGCUGUCAAGUUACCGCCAGCUGUCCUUAAACCUGAUUUGGGUCCAAAGACGUAUAUUGCGUAUGGAAUGGCUGAAGAACUUGGAAGAGGGGAUUCUGUUACUAUGCUGCAUUGUGAUAUGUCUGAUGCUGUGAACAUAUUGACACACACAGCUAAGGUGUCAGUAAGUAAUAAUCAGAAGUGGGCAAUUCAGGAGUUAAAGAAAAGACACAGAGCUCAGGAUAAAAGAGAAAAAAAUGGAAAACUUUACGAAUAUGUUGCUGGAUCUUGGGGAAAGAAAGAUGAGCAUACUUUAAAUGAGGAAGAAGACUCAAAUGCAGGUAGUUUGCGUGAUUUUGCUCCGCAAGAAGAUGCUGAAGAAACGGGUAGUGCUCUUUGGGAUAUUUUCAGAAGAGAAGAUGUACCGAAGUUACAGGAAUAUUUACUAAAGCACUCAAAAGAAUUUCGAUUUACAUAUUGUUGUCCUGUUGAGAAGGUUUAUCAUCCAAUUCAUGACCAAACAUUUUACUUGACGUUGGAACAUAAAAAGCGGCUAAAAGAGGAAUAUGGUAUAGAACCAUGGACGUUUGAACAAAGGCUGGGAGAGGCGGUUUUUAUUCCUGCUGGAUGUCCACACCAAGUGAGAAAUCUGAAGAUAAUACGUUUACAUAUAGGAAAAGAAAGUUAACCAACACACCACUAUGCUACUAUUAUGGAACAUAACUUACAAGCUAUGAUGCACGGGAACGCCUGUUUAGAGGGAGUACCUGUACCGGGGACGGAAACGCCAUGGGGAUGUUUCCUAAACGUUUCCGGGUUAUUGGGACGGCUCCAAAACUUUCCGGGUUUCACUCGCUUAGGAGGAACAAGUUGGCUAAUAGGGACGUUUGUUAAUUAUCUGACCCUUCAGUUGUUGCGUUGUUUCCCUAGUUGAAAGAAAACUACAAGAUAGAAGGUAACAUAAAUUUUGCGGUGGUAGGUAUUAGGAUUAAAUGGGGAAUAUGAAGUGAGAAAACAGUUUACGACCUUUAUUUUAUUAUUUCUGGGCUUUUUUAAAGUUUAUGUGGCUCAAUUCUAAAAGUAGUAUUCAUUAAAGGUUAUUUGGACCUCACAAAAUACUUGAAACACUUCAAAUAGGUUUUAGUUUUUAUUAUUUUUUAUUUGUUAUUUUGUUUGAUAAAAAAUUAAAAACAUAUAAAUUAUUUUGUUUCUCUAUUGUUUGAUUCAAUGGAAGAUAUUGGGUUUUUGGAGGUUGCCGUUCUAUUUUGGACUUUGUUUAAUAUAUUUUUAUUUUUUUUUAUAUUUUUUCCGUACCUUUAUCUUGGAUCUUUGAGUUUUGCCUUCGUCCCUGUGCCCCAGUCCCGUACCCGUUCUUGUGCUACAUAGCUUACAAGAAAAGAAAGAAACAAAAAUAAUUGAGAAAGGGAAAAUAAGGAUAUAGGAAAAUAUGGGUGAACGUGAGAAUACAUGCAUGGAUGAAAUCAACCCAUUUGAACCUGAAUGGUAGUCCGGUUUGACUCGCUUGAAUUAUGUUAAUGUUGACCCGUCGGUUCAACCCGACCCAUAUGACUAUAUCUAACCUGACUGUACCGACGCCUUGCGAUUCCGGGUCACAAUUGCUAUCAUUCUCGUCGUCUUCGAAAAAGUUUGUCCUCAAACUUAAGACAAUCAUCAGGCGGUGGCUCAGGAGGUAUUUCCGGUGGAUAUCUGAUGGCGUAUGGUUUGAAACGAAAUUGGGAUGGGUACCAUAACAAUUGGUUCAUAUCAUGAAAUAAUAUCUUGUGCUGUACCCCGUGCUUUGGUGGUGGUUCAGGAGGAAUUUCUUUCAUAUAGUGCACACCAUUGUUAUGCAUAUUUAUAUUGCCAUGUAGAGAUUCCGUGAUUGUAGAUACACAAUCCGAAACAUGUAUAAUUUCCUGUGCACAGUAACCAUAUAGCUUAAUUAAGCUCA